AUGUCGUUAACAAUACUCGGUAAUGAAAUCAUCGUAUAUACAGGUUCUGUAUUUCUUGCAAUAGGAAUCUUUGGUAAUAUUGGAAAUAUUUAUAUAUUUUCACGUCUUUCAACGUAUCGUCGAACACCAUGUAUAUUUUACUAUUUGAUUGCUUCAAUGUGUAACUUACAUGUAAUGCUUUUUCAAUUAAUUCCACUUAUCAUAACAUCAAAUUAUAAUUUUGAUUUAUCUCGAACAUCAAUUGUUUGGUGUAAAAUGCGAACAUAUUUUACUACCUCCAUAACUCCCAUAUCAUUCACAUGUGUUUGUUUAGCAACAAUUGAUCAGUUUUUUGCAACAUCACAAAAUGAUCGCAUUCGUCGUUUCAGUCACAUCAAAAUAGCAUAUCGAUGUGUUGUAAUAACGACAAUUUUCUGGUUAAUCCAUGGAAUAUCUGGUGCAGUAUUUUAUUCAAAUAUAUCAGGUUGGUGUACAUCGACGAAUGCAAUUUUUAAUACAUAUGCAACAAUAUAUGUUUCUGUUAUUGUUUGUCUUCUUCCUAUAACUGUUCAAAGCAUAUUCGGAUGGUUAGUUUAUCGAAAUCUUCGUCAAACAAUCAUUCUUGCACGAGAACAAGCUGAUCGGCAAGCAACACGAAUGAUAUUGAUGGGAGUUCUGCUUGUUCUCAUAAGUAUAAGUCCUUAUGGAGCAAUUAGUAUAUAUCUUUUAACUACAGCGAAUAUACAAAAAGAUGUAAAUCAACUAACAAAAGAAUAUUUCGCCAUAACAAUCGCUCUUUUAAUCACUUAUAUGUAUUUUAUUGGAAGUUUUUAUAUAUUUGUUUUCGCAUCGCCUCGCUUUCGUCAAUCAGUUCGAAGACAAAUAUUUUGGCGGUUUAAAUCAAAUAACAUUCGUCCGACUUAA